AUGAAUUUUACUAUACCUGAAACUGUGUUAGAUUUACAGAAUAUUAGAAAUGAAUUAGUUCGAAUGGAAGAUAGCAUUAUCUUCAAGUUCAUUGAAAGGUCCCAUUUCCCAACUUGUCCUGCGGUUUAUGAUCCAAAUCAUGAACUUUUAACAAUCCCAAAUUUCGAAGGUUCAUUCUUGGAUUGGGCAUUAAUGCAUGCAGAGAUCACCCAAUCUCAAUUGAGAAGAUUCGAAUCCCCUGACGAAACUCCCUUCUUUCCAGAUCAUAUUUUAGAUCCAAUUUUACCAAGUAUUCAUUACCCACAAGUUUUAGCACCUUAUGCAUCUGAAGUCAAUUACAAUAAUAAGAUUAAGCACACUUAUAUCGAAAAAAUUAUACCAUUGAUAUCUAAGUAUCAAGGUGAUCAAGAGGAAAACUUUGGUUCAGUUACUGGUUGUGACAUUGAAUUGCUACAAAGUUUAAGCAGAAGAAUACACUUUGGUAAGUUUGUUGCAGAGGCCAAAUACCAAAGUGACAUCCCAUUAUAUACUAAAUUGAUCAAAGAUAAAGAUAUAAAUGGUAUAAUGGAAAAUAUUACAAAUUCAGCUGUUGAAGAAAAGAUCCUGGAGAGAUUGAUAUUGAAAGCUGAAGUUUAUGGUGUCGAUCCAGCAAAUAAAGAAGGUGAGAGAAGAAUAACGCCAGAAUAUUUAGUUAAAAUAUACAAAGAAAUUGUUAUUCCAAUAACCAAAGAAGUAGAAGUAGAUUAUUUACUUCGUAGACUUGAAGAUGAAUAG